AUGUCGCGGAUGCAGCCGUACGUCGAUGAGCUUAAGAGUCGUUUCGGCAAAGUGACGGUGAUCCACAAGUCUUCUGCGGAGACACUUCUGCAGGUGGAGCACGUCAUCCCGGACCGUGGCUAUGCCGCGGUGCUCUGCGUGACGCUGGGCGUUCAUUUUCCCCGCACCCCUCCAAUCGUCACUUACUUUGACGGCCGGAAGAUUUCCCUGGCUUCGCCUGACGGCUCCGCGCCUGACGCGUGGGAUCCGUCCAAGUCAAAGCUGGUGGAUGCCGUUGGGAACGCCUUUGCCAACUUGGCAAAUUUGUGGGGGAGUGUGGUGCCGCCGUCAAUGGAGCUGCUUACCAGCCAGCUGAGCUCGCUGUCCGACUCCAUGCUGCAGGACAUUGUGUCGAACCCCAACUGUCUGGAGUCCUACGCCUAUCAGUUGCCGUUUUUUAAGGCCAUUCGUGACGCCAGUUGCCAGACGAUUGACGACAUUGAGCGCGUAGCAAACGAGAACUUGAAGUUGCAGCCGGUCGUGGAGAAUUUGCGAGCCGAAGUGGAGGGGCUUCAACGUUCCCUCGAACAGAACGUGCAGUCCAUGCAGAAGAUGCUGCGAGCAACGCCGCUGUUGAAUUCCAUCGGCACCCCUGAGAGUCUGGCGAAAACGUUGGCGACUGAUGUGAGGACGUUAGAUGCACAAUGCGAGGAAAUUGCAAAGAAGAUACUACAGUUGGACUGUGCCACAGACAAGCUCCGCUUUGACAAUCUCCUGGAGGAGUACCGAGAAAAGGCAAAGGAGCGCCACUUCAUUGACCUCAAAAGGCGCGCGUAUUGUGCCUCACUGACGUGA